UCGUCUUCCUUCUCGCGUUUCCCUCCCUUUCCUCUCUUCUUGACCGCGUGCUCGGGGUCCUUUGUGCAACACACCGUCGCUGAGAACUGAAUUUGCCCGCAGCUGCCGAGAGAAACGCGACUGACUCUUCUCUGGCCGCCGGCCCGCCGCGAGCACAUUUUUAGUGUGCGUGGCGAGAGGCGCAGGACUCUCUUGGUCGAGAGAUCUCCUCGCUUUUUUUCCUGCGAAACAUGUCCGCUUUUCCUUCUCCUUCCUCGCGGCUUUCCUUUUCUCUUCCAGCUUUUCUGUGGCGUCUUCUCUCAAAAACGCGCCCGGUCAAGGACCUCGCUCUCUUCGUUCCCGGGCGAACGUCGAGGUCGAGGCAGGAGAGAGCGGCAAAAGAAGAGCUCCUGCCCGACACAGCGAGCGCGGUCUUGUCCACGCUGUCGAGUUUCUCGACUUCCUGAUCCGUGCGUCCUGCGUCUUUCUGCGAUUCAUCUGCUCCGCAGAGUUGCUCUUUUCUUUCUCGCUCGGGCGAAGGUUUUCUUCGCGCGUUUCGUGCAGCAAUCGAAGAAACGCGAGGUCGCUUGUCGUCCGGCAGUCGAGAGUCAAGUGGAGGCGCGCUCGUCUCGACGUCGCGAUUCUGCUUCACCGCGACAGCUCGCAGUUUGCGUUUUCGGAAGGCCUUCCUCCCCUCAUUUUCUCUUCACCUCUGCUGCCUCGGUGUGCGGUGAGAGUGGAAAAGCGAAGGCCCCGUCUCUGUGCGUUGUCCCCGAGAGCGAGCGCGUCUGCCUCAGGCCAGGCUGGCCAGCGAUUCGUCAAGGUUCGAUUUUCAAGCCAUCGUUUUCAUCCUUCCUCCCUGUCCUUUCUUCGUUCCCCACUCGGUUCUUCCUUCUCUUCUUCCUGUGGUCACUUCCUCUUCCAGCCUUCCUCAUCUGCGACCGCACCCUUCUCGCUCCGGAGUCGAAAAAUUGAGAGUCUUCUCCGGACCAAACGGCUUGUUUCUCUUUCCUCACUCGUCUCCAUUCCCUGGCUGAAUCCUUUUCUCUUCCCCUUUGCUCCCCAUUCUUCCUUCCAAGCUCCUUCGCCAGUUCUCUUUCUUUCUUGCUCCUUGCUCCUUAACUCCUUCUCCGCUCAACUCUUCUUCUCUACCGCGUUCUUCUCUCUCGACUGCCGUCUCGUCACCUUCAUCCUCUCUCCUUUUCUCCAUCGUCUGUCAUUUUCACUCCUUCUUCGCUUCCUUGCCUUCCCCGCCUCCCCCUCCUGUCUUUCUUCUUUCUACUCUUCUUCCCCACGCGUUUCGCCUCCUUUCUCUCCUUCCUUUUUUCCUUUUUUCCUUCUGUCGGUUCGUCCUUCCUCCCCUCUCUUUCGUCGUUACGCCCCUCUCUUUCGUCCUUCGUCCCCUAGCUUCACCUCCUUCGACCUGCUGCUCUCCUCUGCACUCCCCUGUUCCUCGUCGCGCUUUUCUCUUCACUCUUUCGCCUCUGUUCACUUCCCCUUGCCUCCCCACUGCUGCGGAUCGCUCGCCUCUCUCCGCUCCGAUCUUCGCCUGUGUUCUUUCUCCUCCGAUCUUCGCCUGUCCUCUCCUUCGCCGCCUCGAUGUCUCGCGAGCGUCUGGGGCCUUCGCGGCUGGGUCGUCACACCCCAGCGGCUGCGUCUGCUCGCGGAGACCCCCGCCUGCUCGUGGAGGCAGAGACGCCGACCGACCGCGGACGCAUCGUCAAGGCGAGUCUGCACACACAGGGUGACGUGGAGUUCCUGGAGGGGCGUUUGCGAGACAAGGUUUGCGUCGACAAAUGGGUGACUGUCCAGGAGCGCGCGUCACCCGCGGAAGGCAAACGCGAGUCGGAAGGCAAACGCGAGUCGGAAGGCAGACGCGAGUCGCCGCGCAUGACCUCGACCAGCGCAGGACUGGAGCCAGCAGAAGCAUGGAGAGAAGAUAUCUUCGGCAAAGAAGAGAGGUACGACAUGGCUCGCUUCGACGAAGAAGACGCGUCCGCUGAAGACGCGGUCCGAACCGCGCCGCGGCCUUCGCCGCAGAGACAGUUUCAGGUCAGACACAAAGUCACAGUGGAAGGCGUCGUCCCCACCAGCGCCUCUGUGCGCAUGCAGCGACGUCUUGCGCAGAGGCGGGGGAAGCGGUUCUUUUCCACGGACGAGGGAUUGUACUGGCAGAAACUGCAGAGAAGCAAGCCGCAGAAGUCCAGAGAGGAUGCAUUGAAAUUCGUCGCCACGUUCAUGCAAGAGGGGGAGCUCCUCGUCAACUCUGUCUCGAUGGAAGAAGAUCCGAGCGUCAGACUUCGGAGACUCGCUGCCCUCCGCCUUCUCCGAAACUCCCCCGCCGACCGAGUCCCCGGAUCGAUCAGCGGACGCCUCCUCAUUCCGUACGACCAUGCAGACGUUCGCGAACUGCUUCGGGUGAGUAGCUUCUGCAGUGGAGAGGCGUGGAGAGUGCUCGAGGAGAUUCGCCGCCUCCUCGUUCUCCGCAAAGGGCGCCUGUUUCUGGCCUCCGACCGGAACGCCACGGCCAGUCGUCACUGCCUGGCCUUUCUCGCCUCGCUGAAGAAAAACCUGGAAGCUGCUGCGAGGAACCUCGUCAGGCAAGGUCGUCUCCGGCGCCCAAGCGCUCGUCUCCAACAGAGCGAAGGUCGAAAAAGAGCUCCAACUCUCGACAGAGACGAAGCAUGGGAGAGGCGGGAGGGCCUCGUCCGAGAGAUCCGCCGCACGCUGUCUCUCGCGGCGGCCUACAGCACCAAAGGCAAGAAGCAGCCUGUGGUGUACAUACAGCUCGCGGCUCUGAAGCCGUCGAUCGUGGCGGACUUCCUCACUCCUGCCGAAGUGGCGGUGAUCCUCACGGAAGUCUUCCAGAAUCUCUGGACAAAGUUCGUCGAGUACUCGCUGCGACGCAGAGUGAGGGUCUCCACAGCUGCUCUGGUUUUGGAUUUCUCUGGGUUAACUGAGUUCGAGCUUGCCUCCAGUGCGUCGCAUUUCCUGCUCUCGAGUCUCCGAGACGUCGUCCGCGCCUUCGCUCCUCUUUUGAUCAAGAAAAUCAUCUUCUACAACAGCGCGAAGGCUGGCGAGUUCCUCUGGGAAGCCCUGCGGCCUGGAGUCGAGCACUCCUGCUUCUUCUCCUUCUGCUCCUCAGAGGAGGACCUCGAGACGGAGAUUGAAAGUGAACGGACAAUGGUUUACCAUACCACGGGUCUCGCUAACGACAUGUCUCUCAUCGCGCACCGCUGUCCGCUCUAUGCGCUCUACGGACCGCCACUGCCUCCUCCAGACUCGCUCUUUCCUCUCCGAGCUCCCGGGUUUCUGCCUGCGUCCGCGCCGGCUUCGGCCCUGCAGAAGUCGCCGUUGUCGCGUCCGAAAGCCGGUGCCUUUCGCCAGCUUUUCGCGCUGCUAGGCGCCGCUCGCGUCCGCCUUGUGCCCACGGCGGAGGACGCGGAGACCGGGGGGUCGAACCUCCCCCGCGCUCCGUUUUUCCGGACAGCUGGAGAGAGUCGAGAGCGCGAGAACGCAGGACUCGCGCGCGGCGGAGAGGAAGACGAAGAGACCGAGACGCUGCGGCGCGGGGACGAGGAGAUCCAGAAGACCUGCCGAGAAGAAGAAGCGAAGUUCUGGCGAGGCAUGAACUGUUUCCAUGACCUCGUCGUCGAGGCGGCGAGAGCGAAGCGCAUUGCGGAGCGUGAGCGCCAGGCGGACGUCGUAGAGAGUGCCAGGCAGACGAGGCCUGCGGAGGCGAAGCCUGACGAAGCCGACGAGGACGCAGAAGAGCUCGACUUGGACAGUGUGGACGUCAUCGACCCAGAUGCAAACUUGGGGCCUUCGGAGGAAAGUCUCGAGUGUGCCGCAGCUGCAGUGGCGCAGGACGGGGACCGAGUCGACCUUGGAAAGUCUCACGCGGAACGCAGCUUCGAACGCAUCUUCACGGCGCAGGGAGAUCUCGAGGAGACCCUGGAGGGGAUAGGGUCUCCGUUUGAAAACGCAUGGGAGAGAAGCGUUCAAGAAGCUUUCGAUGCAAGUGUGAAAGCGAUUCGAGAAGAGCACUUGCCUCUCUCCGCUGCGCGCGUUGAGCUGCCUCGCGUCUCUCGGCCAGCCAGGACCUUCCCCACCCCCCUCGACCGCGUUUUCCGCCGUCCGCUGUAUUUACACCUCAGCGCAGAGGCCGGUGGCAACUGGGAACGGGAGCUCUUGGGCGCCGACAGAGCGAAGUGACAGGAGGCGCAGGAACAGUCACGAGAGCGGAAGUGGACUGAAGCGAAGAGUGGAAGUCGCUGGAAGAGGGAGAGGAAAGGGGAACAUCAGAGUAGAGCAGGCGUCUGUGUAUACUUGAGGGAACGAGGAAUCGGUUCGCGCACACCGAAGCGAAAGCAUUUGUUGAAUUUCCGUGCUCCCGCCUCUUUUGUUGAAAAUGCAGCUGCAUCAUGUCUCAACGCCGAAUCGAAAGCAUUCACCCUUCUUUUGUGUGUCUCUGGGUGACAUCCCGACCGUGGUGGGUCGGACUGAAUUCUCAACCGCGUAUGACCAGUGUCCUCGCUCCUCUGCUUGCUUGUGGGGAACGUGGACAUGUUCUCUUCAAACGAUGCGUUCUCUGUCUCCUCGCGAAAACGACAACGACUUUCAGGUCUUUCAUUUCCAAGUUCACUGAAAAACGAA